AUGCGUCUGUGGUGUCCACUCGUACUGCUCUCUUUCGCGUUACCAGUGUUCGCGAGUCCAAUACUAGUUCGAUGGGAUGAGUUCGCCCUCUGUCUGCGGAAGCAUCUCAAGCGACAGUUCAGCCCGAACGUGAUAUGUGCAACUAGGAAGAUGGCCUCGAAUUUCCGGAGGAGCGUCCGAUGCCCCGGUUGUGAGAAGUUCUUCCACUGCCAGGCCAACUACGAAGCCGUGUUCCAUUGUUCUCAAGCCGCCGAGGCCAUUCAGACCGCACAAGUCUUCUCCGACUGUAGGGAGUACGCACAACUCGGGGGAUCCGCCGCCGCCAGCCUCAGCGACCGUCAAAGAGCUAAUCUUGUCGGUCGUCGCGGCGGAGAUUGCGUCGGCGAGUUCCUGACGAAAGCACCCGAUUUCAGCUUGGCUAGUGUGUUCAAUUUGGGAGCACCGCGAAAGUGUCAAUGGAAUCCUUACGAAAAUACGUGCGGCACCGCUGGCGGUGAAGUAAUUGCUAGUGCAGACUAUCCACCGCUCCCAUCAACGACGGCGAGGCCGUAUGCGCACCAAGAUUCUCCUUACAGCAAUAGUGUGGCUGCAUCAUCACAAUCACCGUUCAGCCUCGCGACACUGAUUAAUCUCACUCAGCCUCUCUUCAAUCUGAAGCCGACGGGAGCAGAGAAAGCCCCCAGUCUUAUCGGAACGCUACAGACAUUGAACAGUAUCAAGAACAAACUUCCUCAGUUUUCAACGGAUACCGCUGUCGAGCCGAACACGAAGCCGGCGAACGACGAGGAAAAUAUCAUAGCGAUGACAACUCCUGUUCCCGGAGAGCCGAGACCCCCCAGAAUUCCCAUCGUGAACAGCGAUCUCCCGGAUCAGAAUCUUCACACGACCGUGCAAGACGAUCCACUUUUCGGCAGUAUCGCUUCCGCUUUCGGCUCCUUCUUCGGUAAGCCUCCCUUGAUUGGGCAAGACGAAAAUCUGGCCGCAUCGGCACCUCAUCCGCCGAAUGAGCAGCGGCCGCCGCCGAUUCUGAUACCGUUGAAUGAAGAGAACACUUACGCGCGUCCUGAGCGAGGAAGCACCACCGCGACGGGUGACGCGUCGCGGAAGCUCGCGCAUAAUCAGGACGGGACGUCUAAGCAAUCAUUCAUCUUCCCCGCUUCGAAGAGAGACUCAUGA